GGACUGUGGUUUUCUCGAAAACAUCCCAACAUGUUCCUCUUCUUGAAAGCCUUCGCCGAUGCAUUUAACGAAAUUGGGACACUCUCGUGGGUGAACAGUGCAGGAGAGAAAAUCGCAUCAAGAGUUCAUGUGGUCUGUGCUGUCGUCGACUCCCCUGCAAGGGCAGCAUUGCUUAAUAUGAAGCAGUUUAAUGGCUUUCAUGGUUGCCCAUGGUGCUAUCACCCCGGUGUCCAUCUGCAAGGAAGCCUGCGGUACCCCUACAGAGAGCACGUGCAGCAACGAACACAUGUGGAAAUAGUUCGGGACAUGAAGAAAGCAACACGCACAGGCCAAGUCGUCAAUGGAAUCAAGGGGCUUAGCCCUUUGCUUUAUCUUCGCAGUUUUGAUGUCGCAUGGGGUGCCUGUCCGGAUUAUAUGCACUGCGUGCUUGAAGGAGUUGUCAAACAAGUGACAGAAAUAUGGCUAAGUCAUUCAGAAGCAGAAGCAUAUAUUGGUCGAUAUGUGGAUGAGGUUAAUGCACGACUAUGCAGGAUCCGGCCUCCCAUUUCAUUUUCUCGUCUUCCGAGGGCACUGAAUGACCGUGCCUUGUGGAAGGCGACUGAGUGGAAGUUCUGGCUGCUCUACUAUUGUCUUCCGUGUGUUCAGGGUAUCCUACCAUUACGUUAUCUGCUUCACUUUUCAAAGUUGUGUCAUGCCGUGUUUCUCCUUAUUAAACAGACCAUCACUGAAGAUGAAGUUGAUGAGGCUGAGCACGUUCUCCGUGACUUUUGUGUCAAAAUGCCUCUGCUUUAUGGUGAGGGACAGUGCACAUCCAAUGUGCACCUAUUACUUCACUUACCGCAAGCAGUGCGAAACCUGGGCCCAUUGUGGAGUACGUCAAUGUUCCCCUUUGAGGGAGCCAAUGGAGAUCUUGUGAAGAAGGUGACAGCAUCUAACGGCGUGCCUCUUCAAGUAACGGAAAGAUGCCUCAUGGACCAAAAAGUUGACAUAAUAAAUGAAAGUGUUGAACUUCCGGAAGCAUGGACACCACUGUAUGAGCAGUACAGGGGUACAAGAAGGAAAUCUUCUGUUUGUCGUGUCCUUGGGUCACAACAAUUGCCAGGCAAUGUGACAAGUGCAAUUCAGCAAGCGUUCUUGAGGGAUAUCGGCAACGUGGGAAGUCUACAGCGGUUUCUCCGGGCACAGAUCAACAGCUGUACAAUUCAUUAUGUGGAACAUUUCAGGCCACAAAAGACGUGUUCGCAGUUCAUAAAGGUCGACAAUGGUGGCUACUAUGAAGUUCAGCGGGUCUACAAGCAACUAGCGACAGAUGAUAUCUAUUUGGUUUGCAAGCAGGCCAUUGUUGAACAAAGUAGUUUUGGUGAAGUUCGUCACAUUGUUACUUGCGUGCUCCCACCGGCGGAAGAAGCACUUUACGUUUUUUGUGCCAAUCGUUUUGACAGUGUCUGCGUCUUUCUGGAUGUGGGGGAUGUCAACUAUUUAUGCGAAAUACCAAACAGUUUUGAGAGAUAUUAAUUCUUACGUAUUUCUCACUUGCAUAGGCAGCUGAACCCAUGGACAGGGGGAAGCAAGGGAAAGAAACGCAUCUUGAAUGAUAUUCCCAGUGCACCAUACAUACAUACUCAUGCGUGAUUUCAACAUAAGCCUACAGCAUUUCUACCCACGUAUGCUGCUAUGAAAAAGCACAGAGGGCCAUCCAAAAAAAUUCAGAUUAAGAUGUCUGCCGAAAGUGUGUUUGAUUAUACCGAAUAGCGCAAAACUUUUGAUGUGUGCAAUUUGUUCCCCAGAAAAAAAAAAAAUCUCGCAUAAACAUGGGUUUCCAUGUUCACCCGUAACUCUCCACUCCAGCUACAACAAGGAUUAGGAGGUAUGAUGCCACGUCACAGAUGGCAUAAUAAGGGGAACUCUUUCUGGUUCGCCAGUCAGUGGAGGUCAGCGCCUUGUUCCUUUGCCACCGUAAACCAGUUUUGCCAGUUCUCCCGGAGACAAAGUACAGACAAGGUACACACACAGUAAAACAUAUCGAAAUGCAGGACAUUGCAUGUCACUGAAGUAUGCGUACUGUUGUGUGCAUGAUUUCUCCGUGCAAAGACAGACCUUCAAUCCAAGUUGAAAAAUCAUGUGGGUGUCUGAUUACAUUGGAGAGCGCUUACCAUAAAAUCCUCAUGUUACCUCUUUGUCAAUGCACACAGGACCUUGCUUUGAACCUCAGCCUCAGGAUUUUUUAAUUGCCACUUUAAGAUGAACACAUUUUCCCUAUUGUACCUCUGAACUGCGUGCUUUGACUGCAUCGAAGGCUAUAGGGAGUUGUACUAUGUCCAGACAGAUAUUGCACACUUUGCACAUGUGCAUAUUGUAUGUAAUAUUUGAAUUUCAUUCGCUAGCUUUGUACGUUACUGUCAGUCUGUUGGAUGGGAAUGAUUCAGAG